AUGGCGGGUAAGUUCAGGAUUGAGGAAGAGGAAGACGAUGUACUAAAACCCAAGGAGCCCCAGGUCUCUUCUCUAGACCCCGAGGAACGAAAGGCUGCUAGGAGCCUUCGUAUUAAACGCAGGCAGGAUGCGCUUAAGAAGGCGGAGUUGCCACCCGAAGACGCUGCGCAAGCACUGAUAGAAGAUGCGACUCUCACGGAGAAGGCGACAGUGGAAGCAGCAGAAUAUCUACAGCGGAGUGGGCUGGAGGGCGCCGCCAAAGUCACCAAUGUCAAAGUUACGACUGAUGAAAGGGAGGUGAUCCGGCGACAUGUUUGCGCUGCGGCCGCGUUAGCUACGCAAGAGAAAAUAGAAGACGAUGCUGCUGAAACCCAACUCCAAUAUGUAGCUAUAACACAGAACUGGGAGGCAAUGCUAAAAAUACAAGAUCCCCUAGAUAUAGACGCUGCAAUAAAAGAGCAGAAAAAUAGAUGUGACGGACUAUUGAAAAUAAAAGACAGUCUCAUUACCAAACUUAAAGGGGACCUGAAGAGGAUGGAUGACGAUUAUUAUGUGGACUUGCAAAAACAAGAUAACGAUAUAAAAGAACUGUCUGAAAGAAUAGAAAAGCAAAUAACAAUAAUGCAAAGAGCUUACGAUAAACAGCUCAAUUUAAUCGAAUCCGCUAUGAACGUCGAACGUGAGGCAAUGGUGAACCAUAACAACAAACGCUGGGACGCCCUUUAUAAGCAGAGAGACAAAGAGGAGCUACAACACAUCGAUUACAAGUUUGCUAAGUUAGAGGAGCACAAAGAAGAAAUAGAGCUUAUAAUGUGGGACCACUAUGAAAAAUAUCGCACGUCAAAAGUGGAGCUUGAAACGUUAACUCAAGAGCUACAGAAAGAAUUAGAGAAGCUAAAAGCCACUUGCCUGAUCAACACUGAGAAGAUUGGAUAUAAUUACCAGGUUCUAAAAAAACGUGAAGAAGAAAACGUGUUCGUGCGAUCUCAGCAAAAACGUAAGCUGAACAAGAUGACGGACAUUGCAAAUGGUCUGCGUAAUAAAAUACGGAAAGCGUCAUCUGAUGGAGCUGACGAAGAGAUGAGAGCUGACGCUGAGAUCAACAAGCUCAUGCAAUUGAUGGAAGACCUUGAAAAGAAAUCGAGACACUUCGCGGAUGUCAAUAAUUAUAAGUUUAUACAAGUAUGGCGUAUGUCGACAUCGCGUUGCUUAGCACUAUCACAGGAACUGCGCUCUACCGAGAUCGCGUUGCACACGCACGUACUGGCCGAGAUGCCGCCACCUGCGCCCCCGCCGCCGCCACACUCGCCCUUCAUUAAAAAUGUGGAUGAAACAGAGUACGAGCAGCCACGUAGUGUAGUCAAUAGUGAGAUCUCCAAGCAACAUUUAUCUGUUUCAAAGGAUAAACUGGUUCGUCAUAUAAUGCAAUUAGUGGCGGAUAACACUGGUUUCUUAGUUGAAGAUCGCUUGCUGACGCUCAUUGCAAAGUACCCGCUCACUUCGAGGAAUCUCUGCACUUUGGAUGCUAUUUUCAUGGCACUAGAAAUCUCAGCCGAGGAAGACAUAGAACUAUUGUGCAACACGUUCCUCAACUACGCGUUCUGUCCGAUAUGUGUAGGCAUGGAAGAUGGAGCCACGUCUGAUUACGUGGAUCCAUCCGUGUCGGCUGAUGGACAACCUAUUCGGGGUCGAGCAUCAUCUGUCCGAGCGAGGGCAAGUAUAGCCAGGAGUAUGUCCACUAGUACAUCUCGAUCUGUUCACGUUGGCUUCAGAGGCCACGAACUUACACCAGAAGAUCAGAUGUUAGUUUCUGAGGCUGAUGAAAUAAUAUUGAGAGUUGGAGAUCCGCAAGCCCCGCAGGCGAUGACAGGUGCCGCGUCAGAUGCAGGCGGAACUAUGGCAGCGCGUCGCGGUGGCCCGAGGGGUGUGACUGUCACAUCGCAGCAUGACAUAGCCCAGAUCGCUCCCAUAGACCCAUACCGCUGCCCUGAGCGUGACAGAAUCCAUGACGAAGUGGUAACGCUCCGUCGUCGAAACGCAGCAUUACGACGUAUAGUGCGCGGCUCGCUCCCAACUGAGCUACCGCCCAUCAAGCCGCCGCAGUAUACCGGACCGUACCCCGCAGCCUUUACGUCUACAGUGGAAGACCUGACGAAUCCGACACUCCCGAAACUUUAA